GCGAUACAAUCUAAGUUGAUUUGUGAGGGCAGUCAUUGAUUGACAAAUGUCCCGUUAAAAUCGCUGUCACCGAUAUCAAUCAUCGACAGUUUCUUACACGAAUGAAUCACCAUGGCAACUGCCUCCCCAUCUCAUGUUAGCAAGGAGAAACUAACAGAUGAACUGUCUUGCUCCUUGUGUCUUGAGUGUUACAAACAACCCAAAGUGUUACAGUGCCAGCAUACGUUUUGUCUGCCAUGUUUACAGAGGCUCAUGGAAGCUUCCUUUCCUGGUAUGGUCAUCAUAUGCCCACUGUGUCGAGAACAAAGCAUUGUGCCAAAUGGAAACUUAGAGGCGUUGAAAACAAAUUACAUCGUGGAAAACUUGCUGACCGUCAUGGCCCAGUGUUCAAGCAUGGCUGGACACAGUGACCUUGAGUGGUCCGGUCAGACAGUUGCGAAAUAUUGCCAACUUUGUCAAGAGGAAAGGAAAACUGACAUUUUUUGCGACGAUUGUAAAAUGUGGUUGUGUAAGUCGUGUUCUGUGCCGCACAACAGGCUCCCGGCUACGAAGUCACAUCGAACCAUGGCAGUUGCUGAUAUUGUCACAAAAGCAAAGGACAAGUUGAAGGUCGUUGAAAAAGAAAUGCAAGGUUUGCAGGAGGCGAUAGAGGAACAGCAUCAGAAGGUCCUCAUGAAUCAGGAAUUUCUGUCGGAGCAAGCAAGUAAAGUUGCAUCACAGAUUGAGGCCUCGUGGCGGAAGACAGUUGACAUAAUCACAGAAAAGAAAGUCGCACUAAUGCAAGACAUAGCUAUGAGCGUGUCUCAGAUUGAUGCUAAACAACAACAGAAGAUCAACCUGUUGCAAGAACAUGCACAGCGGAUUAAGGAAGGUUUGAGUUUUGUGAAAGAUGUAAGAAAGAGUUCAGACGCUCAUCUCAUCACAAACAUGUUCGGACACGUAGAAACAGUGAGACAGAGUGUGUCGAAUGAUUCGCUUGGCCUGAGGAUGAUUUUGAGAAAUGUCAAAUAGAGUUCCAUGCCGUAGAAACGCUCUCUAAUGCGAUAAGCAGCUCAUCGCUAGGUCACAUCCUGUGUGGAAAAUCUGUAGUGGAUGAUUCCCCUGUGUACCCAAACAACGCUGUCAUGGUGGGAGAACUGGUCCAUCGUCUUGCAUAUGGGUUCUACAUAACAGGAAUGGCCUCAGCAUAUGAUGGGAGUAUCUUUGUUGCUUCCAACUGCAAUUCUCUGAAGAAAAUCAAGAAAGGUAUUUGUGAAGUAGAGAUGUACCAUGUUGUAAAACCUUGGGGUGUUGUCAAAGCUCCAAGCAGUGAGCUGAUCCUGACAGACUGUGGGAAGAGUCUUGGUGGAGGGUCUGUCAAUAUUCUUGACUUGGAAGGCAAAUUGGCCAAAGUGAUCGCAAAUGGUCUCUCGCUUCCUCGUGGGGUUGCCGUGGACAGUCAUGGUCGUAUCUAUGUCUGUGAUGAAAAUGAUCGAUGUAUCUACGUGAUGACUCCGGAAGGAAGAAUUGUUCAUAUUAUCAAGUAUACCUGGGAUGGAAAGCUUCUGUUUGAGGCGCCAAGGUUCAUAACCAUCAACCAGAAUGACUAUGUCUUCAUUUCAGAUGGAGGAAAGUUUUUGAAAAUGUUCGACGGUAAUUUCCAGUUGAAAUGGACGUACAAGUCUCCGUUUGCUCGGCCCGAGUUCUGGGACAUCUUUACGGCAGACGUUGGCGUGCUUUAUGUUGCAGACUGGAAUCAUGGCAUACAUAUUGUGUCUGAGCAGGGCGAGUUCCUGGGCUUGCUGAAACAGCCAUUUAAUGACAUUGUUGUCAAAGAACCCACAGCUCUUUGUCUCAAUUUCAAUAGAUCCUCGCUGUUAGUUGGGACAUCCAAUGGAGAAGUGUUUGCUCUUGACUCGGUGGAAACAGAAUAAAGGUAACCUCUGA